AUGAUCAAAGUUAUAUUUCCGAUUUUCAUAUUUUUUAAAGUAAUUUUCGGUGUUGGUUCAAUAAAUUCCAUAGGGAAUUAUGUCGGAUGUUUUAAAGAUAGUCGUCAUCAACGUAUGUUGAAUGGUCUUGUUAAACCUUUGACUUCAUCAUCUAUGACUAUUACUCUAUGUAUUAAUUAUUGUGCUGAACAUAAUUUUAAUUUUGCUGGAUUACAGUUUAGAUCAGAAUGUUAUUGUGGUAAUCAUUUGCCAAUGAAAAUGAAAAGACAAGAUGAAAAUGAUGAUCAAUCAGAUUGUUGUUCAUGGACAUGUUCCGGACAACUUAACGAAACAUGUGGUGGUCAACUUUGUAAUUCAAUUUAUACUGUUAAUGUUAGUGCACGAAAAAACUCCAUGUCUGCUGGUAAUGCUAACUUGUUAAUAUUACCAUCAGGUUGUCAAAGUAAUCCAUGUCGUUAUGGUGGAACAUGUAUUGGAAAUUCAUUGACAUCCAUCCAUGAUGCAUAUAAAUGUCAAUGUGUGCCAGGUCGUAUUGGAAUCAAUUGUGAACAUCUUGAUCCAUGUCGUUUUCCGGAUGUUUGUCCACGUGGUAAUUGUCUUUCUUUUCCUGAAAAUGGUUCGUUUGCUUGUCAAUGUCGUUCGGAUACAUGUUUAUCACAACAAGCAAUAUGUGAUGCAUCAAAAAUAACAACAUUAACAUGUAAAUGUCCACCAAAUCAAUACGGUGAACAAUGUGAAUUAUCAUGUCCAUGUCAACAUGGCGGCCGUUGCAUUAUUCAAGAAGAUAAUUCAACUGCAUUGUGUCGUUGUGAUGAAUCACGUUUUUAUGGUGAUCUAUGUGAACACGUAUCACCAUGUGCAUCGCAACCAUGUUAUAUGGGAGGAACUUGUAUAAGAAAUGGAACAAGAUUUAUUUGUAAAUGUACACCAAGUCGUAUUGGAAGUCAAUGUGAAAAUAAUGAUCCAUGUCAAGUUAAUCCAUGUAUUGGGUAUGAGGUUUUUUGUUCCUUUUGUUUUCCAGUAGUGACCUGA